AUGCUUGUCAUAUUUUAUCUGCUGCCUCAACUCUCCUCCCGUGUUCUCCUUUUUCUUCCGACAUCUAGGUUACCAACCAAACCCUCACAAGCAGCUGCCAGCUUCCCUUCCUGUCCGGACACCAUGUUUAUGGGAGGGCCCCCGCGUCGUCCUGAGAAGGCUGCUGCGUUGAAGCAGCUCAGGCAGCACCUUGCUGUGCUGGGGGUGUGGGUGGUGGCGAUCAGGCUCACGCCAUAUGUGCUUCAUUUCCUCACCAAAGAGAAGGAGCAGCUUACCCUUGACUUGUAA